AUGCGGAAAUCCAAUGUCACGGGGAAAAAGCGCCCCGCAGAGGGCGACCUAGAUGGAGAUCAACCAUUAGCAAAGAAAUUCGGACAUUUGCAUAUAGAUUCUGAAGCCUGUCGUGCUGAUUCUGGUCAUCGGCCUCGGCCAGCCGCUCUCCAAACAAGUUCGCCUCAAUCGACGGACGUGAUGCUACUAGAUGAUACACGGGACACUGUUUACAUACAUGAUCUGGAUCGCGAAAUUGCCGAUGUUGAAGACCAGCAGAGUGUCACUUUCCUUCCAGGGAUUCCAAACCUAGGAUCAGUUCCUAGGGUUCUAUUGACUGGUCCAAGGCCCCAAGGGAAUGAACUCAUUCUCUACAGGGGGCAUGUAUCGCCAACAGUGCCAAAAGAACAAAACAGCAUGCAGAAGACAAUAGAUGAAUCUAUAGUACAGGCCAGUGCAGAGCAAAAUGGUGAUCGGGGCCCCUAUACAGGAUCUUCAAGCGGCAUGUGCAAGGGAGCAGUGGAAAGCAAUCAAACUAUGAGUGCAUCCAGCCAAAAUAAGAUGUGUAAUAUCAGUGGUAGUUCAAUGGACAUUGACAUUGAAUUAUAGACUAGCUAUCUUAAUGUAAUCUGUAGAAGAAUAAUGUACUUGGUAACAUAGUCAGACAGCAGGCUGUGCAGGACAGUAUGUAAGGACAUAUCCUUGAGGUGCAUGGAAGGCAUGAUAGAAUGUAUAAUGUAACCGGAC